AUGAGAAAAUUUUCAGUUUUAACUCUCGCACUCAUCAUGGCUAAUUACUCGUAUUGUCAGUUGGGAAAUAGCUAUGGUUCAAAACUUGGUAAUAAGUUCGGGAAUACUAAAUAUAAUGGAGCUAAUGCUUAUACUGGAACAAAUACUUAUUCUAACAAUGGCUAUGGUUCCAGCUACAACAAUGACGUUCCAACUGUUUCCAUUCCAAAAGGAGUUGGCUACACAUUAAGUCGUGCCAAUUCUUUUAAUGGAAAUCAAGCGAAAACUGUCAUAACAGAGGAAAUAAUUGAAACGCCAACUGGAACUAUAACGAAAGUAACCACAACUCAACAAGAACCUUCUGGUUAUGCAAAUUCUGUAGUACUUGGACAAUAUGGUCAACAGACUCGCUCUAAAACGACAACUUACAAUACUGGAAAUGGAUUGGGGCCACAACAAUCUGUGCAACAAACAACAGUCCAAAAAGUUGGUCCUUAUGGGCAGCAAACAGUACAAAGAGAAACUGUCGUAUCACAGCAGCCAAGUUAUGGCUAUGGAAAAUAG